AAUUAUAUUUUCUUUUGGAGUUUAUUGCACCAAUACCGGCCUCUUAUGAUUUGUAAAAUGCUCCGGUUCAUUAGCUUUAUUUACACCAAACCGUCCGCCGGUCUCCGCCGUCCGCCGAUAGUCACCUCUUCGGCAAGAAUCGAUCGCUUCACACAGGGUUUGAUAAACUGUCCAGUAAUUUCUGGUUUUUUUGCAACCUGCUGAACAAGGUGAGUUUUGCUUAUACAGAAUGCAAAGAUUAACCCAUUAAUUCCUGGUCUCUGCGCCAUAGUAAUCUCUGCACUUUCUAUAUCUCUCUGUAUAUUUUUGAAAUGAUAUAUGGAUCUUUUUUUUCUUUUUUUUUCUGCCCGAAUCUUCAUCUUCCGGAAUGAUGAUCAUUUACAUAUAUAAAUAUAUUUGCCCCAAAUCGUUUGAGUGACAGAUAUGGACCUAGGAAUGGGAAUGGAGAUGGAUCGUUGUUUUCAAGAACUUGAGCCGGAAAUGUCAGCCAUGAAUCUAUCAGAUGGUGACCCCAUAGCAGUCCUAACUGAACUCAACCACAGGCUCCGCAACAUGAAUCCACCGGAAUCACAUCCAAAGAUGAAGUUCGUUGUCGAAAGGAGCCUGGAAGCUGUGGGUGUGUUGCUCAACCACAGGCUCCGCAACAUGAAUCCACCAGAAUCACAUCCAAAGAUGAAAUUCGUUGUGGAAAGGAGCCUGGAAGCUGUGGGUGUGUUGCUUUCCAAGAUUGAAAGGGCAUACGAAAACCUUGGGUUUGACACCCAGCUCAUAAACCAGAUAAUUGUCUAUCAUUUCUACAGGGAAGGCUUGUUCUAUGCGGCGAGGUACUAUGUGAAAAGAGCAGGUGUGGUUCCAACUGAGCUCCUCAAGCAAUUUGAACUGGGCAAAUGUAUGCUGAAGCUUUUGAAGGCAAUGGAUGUUGACACUGCACUGAAUUGGGUCUCGGCAAACAGGGAACGGUACGACAGUGGCGCUAAGUUGGAGUUGGGACUUCACAAGUUGAAAUAUGCAGGCCUGUUUGCGGGAUCAGAAAAUCUCGGGGACCCAACAAUAGUAGGGUAUGCCAAAACUCAUUUUGGUGCUUGGGCUAAACUUAACCGGGACAAGUGUGAAAAGGUGUGUUGGGAAGCGUCGAGCGAGAAUGGCAUGCCGCAAUGGGGGGUUGGAUCAUAUCCCUAUGGACAGGUUGGUUGGUGAUGUUUGGAAAAUGUUCUGUCAAGUCACGCCGGUAACAAGCUCUUUGGACCCUCUGGAAUUAGCCAUUGCUGGUGGGGAGGAUGCAGUGUUGACUCUAAGAAGGUUUUUUGACCAGGCGGCGGCAGGAGAGGGACUACUGGACAGGAAUUUGAGGGAGAACAUUAAUCUGCCGGACCGAUUAGUGGCGCCCAGGAAAUAUGAUAUGUCCCCUGUGCGCUGCCCGCUCUGCCGCAAGCAAUGUAAAACACCGAUCCUGUUGAAAUCCAUGGGUGUAGUCUGCAAUGGGUGCUUCCCCAAAUAUUGUAAUGACUUCUGGGACACCGUCUGAGGAAGCUAAGAGAGAAAGAAAGAAAGAAAGAAAGAAAGAAAGAAAGAAAGAAAGAAAGAAAGAAACAACAGCAAGCAGCAGCAACACAAACUUGAUGCAUACUUGCAGGUUCGUAGGUAGGCACCAGACUACUUCCAAUAAGUUCGUAUAAUUAAGCUCACAUUUGUCAAACAAACCCAUAUAUAUGUGAGCUGAGCUUUUGGAAUAAAAUUUCAUAAAUUACAUGCACAAUU